AUGGCGGAGGAGGAUAAGAGGAGUAAGAGAGGUGCCAACUCCUCUACUCUCAUGAUCUCGCAGGCCGAGUCGGAUCAAUUAUACACAAUCUUCGACAAGCGGCAAAAGAUUAUCAUCGUUUUCGUGGUAUCGACCGCUGCUACCUUCUCCGGAUUCGCUUCCAAUAUCUACUUCCCGUCUCUUCCCACAGUUGCCGCUGAUCUAAACGUCUCCGUCGAGCUUGUCAAUCUCACUGUUACGACAUAUCUCAUCUUCCAAGGUUUAGCGCCAAGCCUCUGGGGCCCCAUAUCGGAUGUCAAGGGACGGCGGGUUACGUAUUGUUGCACGUUUCUAGUACUGUUGGGAGCCUGCAUCGGGCUUGCGGAGACUAAGAACUACGCGACUUUGAUGGUUUUACGAUGUCUACAAAGUACGGGAAGUGCUAGCACGAUAGCCAUCGGGUCUGGAGUGAUUGGGGACAUCACCACUCGUGAAGAGCGCGGUGGGUUGAUGGGCAUCUUCCAAGCUGGUCUCCUUACGCCUGUUGCUGUGGGACCGAUAAUUGGAGGUGCCUUAUCGGACUCUUUCGGGUGGAGGAGCGUAUUUUGGUUCCUCGCCAUUUACUGCGGAGUCUUUUUACUGUUUCUUGUCGCCCUUCUCCCAGAGACUUUGAGAUCCGCGGUUGGCAAUGGCUCCAGAGCCCCAUCGAAUCCAUUGGCAAAGUACCCUCUGCGCUUCUAUCAACGAAGCACAACAACCCAGUGGUCUUCCGAGACACCAGAAACCCCGUUGCCUCCACCGAAAAAUGUCGACGUCACAGGGCCUCUCCGGAUUCUCACCUCGAAAUACGCGGCGCCGAUAAUCAUCUUUGUCGCCAUGUACUACGCCAUCUGGCAGAUGGAGAUCACUGCGCUAUCCAGCCUCUUCAAAGACAAAUACGGCCUUUCGGACACCCAAAUAGGUUUGACGUAUAUAGCCAAUGGUGUCGGGUCCAUGGCUGGCACGCUCAUCACGGGAAAGAUUCAGGACUUUGAUUACCGCAGGAUGCACGCGAGGCUCGAGCGUCUCGGCCACUCGACCGAUGUCGAGGACUUCCCCAUUGAAAAGGCUCGCCUCCGCGUGGUCCCAAUCUUCUCCCUAUUGCAGUGUAUCUCCGUCGCCCUUUUCGGAUGGACGACGCAGUUUCCUCGCCGGGUUCAUAUCGCUGUCCCAAUAGUGUCCACUUUCAUCACAGGAUGGACCGCUGUUUCGAUGAUAUCGCUCGUCACGACCUACCUAAUCGACAUAUUCCCCGACCGAGGGGCAGCGGCUAGUGCCAGCGUUAACUUGGCAAGGUGUCUCUUCGCCGCGGCUGGCACCAGUUUUGUAAUGCCGAUGGUGAAUUCCAUCGGCGUCGGCUGGGCUUUCACGAUAUGUGUUGGGUUGCAGCUCGUCGCUACGCUGGCAGCUGGCAUCCAGUGGAAGUUUGCUGGCACUUGGAGAGCUGAGGAGGAAAAGAAAAGGAACAAGAGGAACUCGAGCAUAGAGGCGCAGGAGGAGAGUGAAGAAUUGUCCACGCCUUCAGGUGGAAUCCUCGGAAGGGCCGCGUAG